AUGCUAUGCAGUGCGUGCAUCAACGUGUUCCGGGAGCCGGAUGACACCAAGACCAACACCAACACUGUCAACACCAUCGACACUAUUGAUCGCGGCAGACAGAAUGAAUACCUCGCCCCUGGAAACAGACGAGAGGCUCGCUCAGUCUCAGUCUCAGCCUCACGAUCACCGUCCCCGUCCCCUGAAUCGCCAUUCUACAAGGCCACCCACCACAACCUCCCGCGGUUGAAAAAGUCCGCCCUCGAUGGCUGCCACCUCUGCAUGUUACUCUGGGCCGCCGCUCCACCAAGAGUCCACGCCUUCUGGGACGAGAUCCUGCGCGACGACCGGCCCGCGCACUGGAUGCCGUGUUUCUUCACCGUCGAUCGAGCCGUUUUCUCCUCUCCGAGACCGUGUCCGAAGAGGAUUCUGGUCGAGUACAAGUAUUUUCUGGGGUUGACAAGGCCUGACGAGCACGCGAAACCUGUUAGGAGACAUUUCAGGCUGUUGUGGUGUGAAGAGGCAGAACCACUCCUACAACAAACCCGGAUCACGCCUACUUCUACUACGACCGCGUCUGACGAAAGCUGGAACACGUUCAAGACGUGGAUGUGGACAUGCAUCUCCAAACACAGUCAAUGUUCACCCCACUCCCUGAACCUGCGUCGACGACAGCUCCCCAAGCGGCUCCUCGAAGUCGGCGAGACAGACACGGUCCGGCUGCGCACGGUCGACAGCAUCGGCGACGCCCACGCUAUCGAGUACCUCGCUCUCAGCCAUUGCUGGGGCGCCGCCCCUCCACGGGUCAUCCUGACGUCCCGAUCUGCGGCCAUGCUAUUUGAGGGUGUCGAAGUCAGCACGCUGUGUCGCACGUUCCGCGACGCCGUCGCCGUGACGAGGCGGUUCUGGGACGAGUUCGCCGUGCGGUACCUGUGGAUCGAUUCGUUGUGCAUCGUCCAGGACUCCGCCGAGGACUGGAGACACGAGUCGGCCAACAUGGGCGACAUCUACCAGAACGCAUUCUGCACGCUAGCCGCCACGGCAGCAGCAAAUGGGGACCGCGGGUUCUUUUCCAACCGCGACACUCGUCUGAUCCACCCCUGCGCCGUGCCUGUGGUGUCCAACACCGGGGAGAAAAGGUCCAUGUACUGCGUCGACCACGAGGACUGGAAUACGAACGUCUCCCGGUCACCCUGGAAUGGCCGUUCGUGGGUUCUCCAGGAGCGACUCCUGUCGCCGCGCGUGCUGCAUUUCGGGGCUAGCCAGCUGUACUGGGAGUGUUCGGGGCUCGAGGCUUCAGAGGCAUUCCCCGUGGGAUUCCCAGACGGGAUGGGCGAGCAGUUUAAACAGCUGUUGCCGUUCUCGGGACUGCCGACCAACAUGGAGCAGAAGCAGCAAGGAAUAAGUCCCAGCGGUAGCGGCAGCGACAGUGGCCGUAGUGGCCGUCAUCAUCGUCAACGUCGUCGCCGCGACGGCCCCUACGGCAUCUGGGACCAGGUCAUGGAGACAUACUCGGCCGGCCAACUGAGCAGACGCACCGACAGGCUCGUCGCGCUGUCGGGGAUUGCGCGUAAACUGCAGCGUCGCCUGAUGCGGAACGAUACGUACCUCGCCGGUCUGUGGAAACAGGAUCUCCCCUUUCAAUUACUCUGGGAUGUGCGGGAGGAGGAGGACCAUCACCAUCACCAUCACCAUCACGGCCAUGAACAUAAGGACGCGCAGAUAUCACUGACCGCCGCGUCCAACAUCAGUACCGGUACCACCAAUGAAUACAUCGCGCCCAGCUGGUCAUGGGCCUCCCGCCUCGCGACCGUGCCGUGCGACGCUGACCCGUGGUCCUCGCCGUCCACCACCACGCUGAUCGACGUGACGGGCGCGACAGUGAUCCCUCUCAUCACCACUCACAACACCCACAACAAUAAUGGUGGCGGCGGCGGCGGCGGCGGCGGUGGUGGUAGUGGCGACCACAUGUCCCAACUCCGCGCCGGCCACAUCCGACUUUUAGGCACACUUGUGCGUUGUUCCCUCUCACGCGCCCACCAACCCGGGUCGGCGAUGCCAGGUCUCGCCCUGAGAAUCAACCACCGCACCGUCUCCGCCGCGAUCUGUCGCCCCGACGACACCUUCAGCCUCAGUCCCACAACCUCCCUACCACCCGUGAUCUAUUGUCUGCCCAUCCUGCGCGGCUCGCGCAACGGCGUCCCGCGCUAUAGAGGGCUCUUGCUCGUCCCCCGCUCGGGCGCGGGCGCGGGCGAGAUGCAGUUCCGCCGCUGGGGGACGUUCACAGCCGAUGCGCCGGGGGAUGAGUUCUCGGGUGGGGAGGCGCACGCGAAUGCGAUGGCGCAGUGUGAGGGGGUUGGCGCGCCUUCUCCAGAGAUGGGGACGGGGAGGAAGAAGUACGAGAUUACGAUUCUAUGA